GGGUACAGUGCCGCGAUGUGGGACAGUUGCGAUGAGAGCGAGUGCAGGGAGCUGAAUUCAACAAGGACGACGGCUGAUCGCGCGAGGCCCGAGAUGUUUGAGCCCACGGAGCAGGGAAAGGAUCUCUGCAUCCAUACGGGCGUUGUACUUCGUGGAGCAAAUGCCAGAGAAGACGAGGUUCACAGUUCAGGAACGCUCAAUAUCGUGGAAUAUAGUUUCGGCAAAUGCAUAGAAUGGAAGCCUGUAGAAGAUUCUGUGGUAUCGGAGUGGCAAGAUCAAGAUCCAGAAUGGUCCUUAGUGGAUACGCAUACGAGAAGGACUCGCACGAAUUCGGAAGGUCCGGACUCCGGACGUACGAGAACCGUUAAAAUAUUGUUCUCCGACUUGAAGUCGUUUCGCGUGAAUCACGGUGGACAGCAGCUCAUAUUUAUGCAGAGGGAUGGUACCACCUACGUUGCCUUCUUUCAGCUGGCUAACGCUGAAAGUUUUGUAAAUUCGCUGAAGGGAUUUAUUAAAUUUGUAAAAUCACGCUCGGACAAAAAUUUAUAUCUGGUGAUGGACGAAGUUGAGACUGUAUUGAAGAAAUCCUUCGCCGAGUUGGACCUGUUUCAAGAGAACGCUUCUGAUUAUGUGUGGAAGUUUGUGAAAAACUUACAUAAUCGUCCCUAUGAAACAACGCUGGAGGCAUUCAGCAAACUCGCAGAUAUCUGGUUGUAUAAAGAGCCAGUAAAGCGACCAGUUGAAGAAGCAGUCGCCGAUUUAUUAAAUCAGUCUCUUACGAUCGAUCAUCAUCCGCAUGUAUCUGUGUCUAUAGGAUCUGGAGAAGAGUACGAAGUGAUUGGAGUUGGAGUGGACCUACCUCCGCGACCACCAUGUCCACGUGGUGCGCCAUUGACACAAGAACAGUGGGAGAAAUGUAAAGAUCGACAAGGAAGAAUCACUAAUCCUGAAGCUGUCAAAGAAAUUAUCUUUCGAGGGGGUAUUUGUCCAUCAUUGCGUUUUGAAGUAUGGAAAUUUUUAUUGAAUUAUUACCCAUGGAAAUCGACGCAUAACGAAAGAUUAGAACUUAAGAGGAAAAAGACUGACGAGUAUUUCACGAUGAAAUUGCAAUGGCGUACAUUUACGACCGCGCAAGAGAGCCGGUUUUCUGAUUAUAGAGAACGAAAAAGUUUGAUAGAAAAGGAUGUUAACAGGACAGAUAGAACACAUCCUUAUUAUGCGGGUGAUAAUAAUCCACACUUGGAGCAAUUAUACGACAUACUCAUGACCUACGUAAUGUACAAUUUCGAUUUAGGAUAUGUUCAGGGUAUGAGCGAUCUUCUUAGCCCUAUCUUGUUUUUAAUGGAUAAUGAAGUAGAUGCGUUUUGGUGUUUUGUUGGAUUCAUGGAUAAAGUGAGCACUAAUUUUGAAAUGGAUCAGAAAGGUAUGAAAGCACAAUUGUGUCAAUUGUACACGUUAUUAUGCACUACGGAACCGCAAUUAGCGUACUAUCUAAAUAGACACGAUUCUGGCAACAUGUUCUUUUGCUUUCGAUGGUUGUUGGUAUUAUUCAAGCGGGAAUUUAGCGCGAUCGACAUAUUGAAAUUAUGGGAGAUCCUAUGGACCGAUCUACCCUGCAAAAACUUUCAUUUGCUUAUAUGUGCAGCUAUUUUGGAUACAGAGAAGAAUAUUUUAAUAGAGAACAAUUACGGAUUUACGGAAAUUUUGAAGCACAUAAACGACUUGUCACUUCAUAUCGAGUUGCCUUGGACAGUCUCUAAGGCAGAAGGUAUUUACUAUCAGCUGAUGUCCGUGGAACAUCAGAUUCCUGAUGAUGUUCGUGUAAUUAUCGGAUUGGAGCCAUUGCAUAAAUCGUCAUCAACGAAUGGAAGCGAUGACGAAGCGUCCAGUAAUAAUGUCCGAGCUAAUGGUCCUCGUAGCAAUUCGAGAAGAAAUAGUUCAGGCAGCGCCAAUGUUAAAUUAGGAGAUGACGAGGUAUCGUUUGAACGCGGAUUGAACAUGUCGUAUAUGUGAGGUCAGGACUGGACCUUUAUAAUCAUUCACUAACAGAAAACUGAUUGAGAGUCUACGCGAACGGAGGAUAAUAUAUCUGUUGCAAUCUUUACAUCUGCAAACGGUAGCUCACAUAUUAUCUUAUAUUUUAAACAUAUUAUUGACAAUAAUUUCCACGCAGCUUUCAACGAAAUUAAAUCGAUGCUUCGAGGCAUAAAUGAUAGGAAGCACGUUCCUAAAUGUAUAUCGAUUAGAUUUCUUUUAAUUGGAUGGUAGAUGCAAUUCUUUUGCUUUAAACGUUGUGAUUGAUUGAUUGUGAUCGAGAUUGAAAUUCUAAACUGUAGAAUGUGAAUGUAACCGAUAAGUUUCGAAAAGUAACUAAUUGUAGUGUUGAAUUUUGAGAUAUUUAUAACACUUACUGCGUGUACAGAAAAAAAUGGAAGGGAUCAUAAUCAUAACAGAUUAUAAUCGCUGCGCAUGCAAGAGCUGUGCAGAUAUUUUAGCGCGAAAAAGAACCCGCGACGAUUGUGAUGCGCGAAAACAUAACAAAGACGACAUCCUCAGACCUCGAUAAGUGUUAUAUACGCGUAACUUUCACCUAAGUUACAGUCUCUUUUCUAGAUUUGUAUAAAGCUUCACGAUAUUACUGUACAUUUCUAAUAAAAAUCACCUAUUUAAUCUUUCAUAUA